ACUCUCUGCAACGUUUUUCCAAGUCCAAUCAUAAAUGACUGUUUCCAGGCGCAACGUUGCGAUGUGAUGCGCUGGUGCGUUUCCCUCCAACAGUGACACCUACAGCUGCGGAGGAGGAGUCAGGGAAGCUCCUCAGGUCCUGGAGGGAACUGUGAUAAGGAUUAUACUGUCACUCUACGCUGCCUGCAGGAACGACUGAGGUGAAGACGUAGAAGACGGUCACCGCCACCACCAGCGCUUGGUGUCCAGGCAGCAGACGAUGGCGGACUUCUUUAUAAGACCUUACGAGAGCAGAGACUAUGACGUUGUCCGUGCGUUAUUUGCUGAAGGAGUGAUGGACUAUCGCCCCAGUACUUUCAUGUACUUACUGAGGCUCCGCCCCAUUCAGGUUACGGUGCUCGUGUCAUUCGUGGCCUUAUAUUUGGUUUUCAGGUCCUUCCUUGUGUCUUGGUUGGGUUUAGUGGCUCUUUUGGCCUUAGGUUACCUCUGCGUUAUCAUUGCCUUUCAGAAGAUUGUAACCAAAGCCUACAAUAUGGACUUACAGAACAUAGAGGAAUCCUACACGGCGAGGCCAAACUCCACCUUCUUUGUGGCAGAAUCCAAUGGUAGAGUGGUUGGCAUGGUGGGUGUCCAACCUGUCCAAGGGUCCCACCGGGAAGUAGAGCUGAGACGUCUAUGUGUUGCCAAGGACCAGCGGCACAAAGGGAUCGCCAAAACCCUCUGUUGGCACGUCAUUGACUUUGCUCGCCAACGCGGAUUCCAUCAUGUGACUCUAAAUACGUCAACAAUACAACACGCGGCUCAUAAGCUUUACCGGAACAUGGGCUUUCGGGUAACGAAGUCCAAGCCGGUCUCUCAUCCAAUCGGAAGAUACCUAAAUGUCACCGUCACCUAUUACUCGUAUGAUAUAAAGUCAUAA